AUGUGGAGUGUCCUCGAGAGCUACUCGGACGGCACUGACGAGAUGUCAUUGGUGAAGCGAUGGGAAGCCUUGGGUUGCGGCUCUGAGGGAGCAAAGGGGCUGGAGACCUUCGUGUCCAAAUUGGAAGGCCUUCGAGAUCAGCUGUCCGAAGUUCGGGGAGCUCCUGUCUCGGAUCUAGAGGCGAGGGCUCGACUGUAUAUGGGACUACCUCGGGACGGGCAACUACAUGUAGAUCGCUUGCCGAGAUUGUCAGUGGCGACAUACAGAGACAUGCUCCGAGAGUGCAAGUCCUGGGCUCAGCUUACCUUGAGAUAUGGGGUAGAGAGUCUUGGGAUGAGAUCGAUGGCACCACUGAAGUUACCUACCAAAGAUCACACCGGCCCUAAGAAAAGCCAAACCGGAGCCCAUUUGGCCGAGUUGCACAACGCGGAGAUCGACAGUAGGGCGAGAGCCCAGGUGUAUGUUAGCGGCCUACCCUUCCAUUGGACCUUUCGAGAGACGAAGGGUUUGAUCGGUGAGCUCUCUGGCGACUUGUCGGUGUAUGUUACCAUGUUGCCCAGGAAGGGCACUGCCAUCGUAAAGCUCAAGACCGAUGUUGAAGCUGAGAGAGUGAUACAAUUAUUGAACGGCAAGCAGAUUGGUGGGCGGGUUGUGUUGGCUAAGCACGAUAAGUUCGCGUAA